GUAUCAUUACCCGAAAUUGAAAAUGCUGCAACCAUCCCUCAAAGAAUUUAACGAGUGGUUAAGUGAGUUUAUCAUCGAGAUAAAGCAAGGUGAUGACCUACAGAUUCCUGGCACAAAAACUGCAAUUAUUGGUGAUGAUCUAAAGGAAAUAUUGAAGCAAUGCACACUUGGCAAUAAACCAAAGUUGAACACUCUGGUUUCACAGACAGAUUCCACCUCUAAAGAGAGUGAUGUUGUUUGUCCAAAUGCUCCCAAACAUAUGGGCAAAGCCACAGAUAAAGAUAUUAACUGAAUUCUUGACUGCUCCAAAGCCGCACUUUGGGGUAAGAAAGGGAGUAAUAUUCGUCAGAAUAUUGAAGAAGCUAGGAAUCUAGAGCCUCAAAUUGAUCAGGAUGGUCUUGACUCCUUAUCCCAUGACCCAUUCUACAAAGAUCUAAUUGAAAAAGAGCAAAUGCAGGAACAAGAAGAAGCAGAAAAAUCCGAGAAGGCUAAAGAGAAUGCUAUCAAGAGCAAGGGUAAGGAUGUCAAGACUAAGACUCUGACUUUUGAGAUGAUUGCAAUGAACCGUUUCACCAUGAGGCUCAAUUUCUACAUGUCCAACAACAUUGUGUCAAUAGCAAAGAGAUAUGAUGGAAAAUUUGAUACAGAAAAGAAGGAGUGGGUUUUGCAUAUGAAGAAGUAUAAAGAAUGUGCUGAGGAGAUUAUUGCACAUCUCAAGCCAAAAGAUAUCAACAUAAGCGUCAUCCCUCAAUUUGUCUUCGAGCUUCUUGAGUAUAAAAUCCCGUUCUCAAAUCCAACCCUAAGUAGUAUAAUUGAUUAUGACUAUACUCUUGAUGAACGAUACAGAGUUGAUUUUGAAAAUUUAUCGCCUAAAAUCAAGGAUUCUUUAUACGAUUUUCAAAUCCAAGGAGUCAAAUUCGGCAUCAAAAAUUAUGGAAGAGUUCUAGUUGGAGAUGAGAUGGGUGUCGGAAAGACAAUACAAAGCCUAGCUAUAGCUUAUCUAUAUCGGAAAGAUUGGCCUUUACUUGUGAUAUGACCUUCCUCCCUCAAACUUACAUGGAGAGAUGAAAUAUUCAAAUGGCUUGAAAACUUUACAGAUGAUGAUAUUCAAGUGUUUAACAAAGGUAUGGAGCAAUUCAAGCCCAAUGCCCUGAUCUACAUCAUGAGCUACACUUUAGCGGCUAGGUUAGCUGAAAGUAUCUCAACUAAAGAAUUCGGAGUGGUCAUUGCUGAUGAAGCUCAUUACCUAAAAAGCAGAGAUUCCAAGAGAUCUCAAAACCUCGUCCCUAUAAUAAUGAAAUCUAAGCGAAUUCUUUUGCUCACAGGUACUCCUAUCUUAGCACGACCGAAUGAGUUGUACAAUCUCAUUCGAAUUUUGAGGCCUGAUAUCUUUCGUAAUUUCAAAGAUUUUGGAAAUAGAUAUUGAGAUCCAAAACCGGGAUUUUUCAAGAUGGACUGGACUGGAAAUGACAACAAAAGGGAGAUCUACUUUCUCAUAAAUCAACGGAUGAUGAUACGGCGGCUCAAGAGUGAAGUACUAACCCAAUUGCCUAGCAAAAGGCGUCAGAAAAUCUCAAUUCUGACCGAUCUCACAAUUUCAAAGAAGAUCGGAAAACUUCUGAACAAAGUCAAGAAUUGGGACGAAGACGUAGAAGAACGUCAGAGAGAGGAAGAUAGACGGAAAGAAGAAUUAAGCAAGCGGAUUAAUAAUUAUGAGUUUGAUAAACUAAUGGGUGAGCUCAAAGAUAUAGAAAAUCCAUACCUCAAUGCCCUCCAUGACAGACAUGGGUGUAUUGUAAAUGCAUAUAAGAUGACCGGUGAAGCUAAGACUAAAGGCAUUGUCGAGUUUGUAGCCACCUGACUUGAAAAUUCACUCAAAUUCAUCAUUUUUGCACACCAUCUGGAAGUACUAGAUGCUAUUGAAGAUGAAGUUAUUAAACACGAAACUUCUUAUAUUAGAAUUGAUGGAAGGAUUGAUACUGAAAAAAGGCACCAAGCUGUUGAAAAGUUUCAGUCAGAUCCAAAUUGCCUGGUAGCAGUUCUAUCCCUCACAGCUUCUUCCACAGGAAUCACUCUUACAGCAGCCAGUACAGUUGUAUUUGCAGAGAUGAACUGGACUCCAGGAAUAAUGGUCCAAGCAGAAGACAGAGUCCACAGAAUUGGUCAAGUUAACUCAGUCAAUGUCUACUAUCUCUAUGGUGAAAAGACUCUUGACCAACUAAUCUACCCACGCUUAAAGCUAAAAUCUGAAGUUAUCUCAAACUGCCUCGAUGGAGAAGAAGCAAAUUUUGAGAUUGAAAACACUGAAAAAGAUGACGAGCACGAAGAAGAGCGUAAAAAAUAUAGAGAAGCAAAAGAGCAGAGACGGAAACAACGCAAAGAAGACAGCAUCCGAAGGCACCAACAAAGAGUAGAUAAAGUCUGUGGUGAUGAUGAAGAAGUCAGUUUUGAACAGACAAAUAUCUCAGAUUUCUUCUUUCAAAACACUGUGAACAACAACAGAAAAAGGAUGAAGAUAUCUCUACCUCUGCCAGGAGCUGGUUUGCAAGGAGACCCGGAACAGGUAGACUCUAGCAGCUCUGACUCUGACAGAUCUUGGGAGGAGCUACCCUCCCCCACUCUUAAAGGAAUCCCUGAAGACCAAGAGAAGGAAGAAUGUCUUAUAGAUAUUCAGCAAGACGACUGGGAAGAAGGCAAUGAGAAAAAAUGGAGAGAUUAUGGUCAAAAAAGAUACAGGCUUAAGAAGAUCAUGAAAGAAGAGGAAUGGGACUCUAGAGAUUUCAGGAAGAGGCAUUUCGGGAAUAAGAAUUGGAAUUAUAAGAAGAAAAUGGGGAAUAAAGGAUAUUAUCGCCCAGCAAGGAAAAAUCAACUUCCAGCACCCCAAGAUCCUGAGGAUUGCAAUAAUAUGGGUCAUGUAGCACGGAUAGAGAAUGAGAUUGAAGAAGAGAGAGCGAUUCAGGAGAAUAAUAAGAGGCUCCAAAAGGGACUUGAGCAUAAUAUGUUUGACACUACAGAGUCAAAUCCUCAAAAUUUCCAGAAGCAUUCGAAAACUAAACAAAUUAAUCAAAAAGAUCAGUUUUCAGGGAGUUAUAUAUCCAAGAGAUCAUAUUAUCAUAACAAAAAUCAAACUUCAAAUUCUCAAGUGCUAAAGGUGAAAGAUAAUAAUACAAAUGUUGACUUUGUUAUCUCUCUUGGAGAAACAGCAAAGUAGACUAUCUAUCAAGCAAAUCAUUAGUAAAUUAAUUUUGAUAAAAUCAUGCUAAAAUUUCAAACC